CCACAAUAUAAAACCAAGCCUUCGCACUCUGUCAAUGAUAAAGCAUGGAUUCAGAAAACAAAGACGAGAUUCAUAUUAAACUUGCUGUGCCCAUCCCUAUCAUAGACUCGGUCGUAUCCGACAUGACGGAGCAUCUUCAGAAAGUCCAUUCAGGUACAAGACUCACCUCGAUCAGCCAGAGCGAAGGCGGUCUUUUCUUCCACUGUCCUUCAUCUGACCCCAUCGUCCGGGACGCCUUUGCGGACCUGUUCACGCAAUGGCUGGACACUCAAGCCGUACCAAUAACCAACUACAAUAUAAUUCUCGGACGAUUAUGAGUUCCAUUCUUCGAACGGCGAUUCUGCUGCUACCCGUCACCGCGGAUCUAAGGUGCGUCGUGUGGGUCGCCUGACAUCGUCGCCUGCUCAUCUACCCACCAGUGGGGGACCUCUUUUUGUAACUAGUCUGGAGGUGAUCUGUUUAAGGGGUUCCGGGUACGAGAGAUCGCUGUCCAGGGCUGCAAGAUGCUAGUAUGACUGCACUGUACAAAGUUUCAGAUGGUACAGGUCUGCUAAGUAAAACUUAUGUAUUGUGAUGAUCAGAAUGAACCACUUUGCCU